GGGAGGAUGGCGGGCGGUGGCUGGGCGCCACGGGGCUGAGGGGCGGCGCCGCCGCUGUGCCGUGCCGUUCUGUGCCGUGCCGCGCCGUGCCGCGGUCGGCCAGGAGCCGCUGCAGGCUGGCCCCCUGCGGCUGCCUGAGGGGCGGCGGCGGGCGGGCUGCCGGGAUGAUCCGGUUCCGGAGCUCCAGCAUCAGGUCGCUGAGCUCGGAGAUGAAAUGCACCGUGCGGCUGCUGGACGACUCCGAGAUUUCCUGCCACAUCCAGAGGGAAACUAAAGGUCAGUUUCUCAUAGAUCACAUCUGCAACUAUUACAGCUUGCUGGAAAAAGACUAUUUUGGCAUUCGAUAUGUUGACCCUGAGAAGCAAAGGCACUGGCUUGAGCCCAACAAGUCCAUCAUCAAGCAAAUGAAAUCUCAUCCACCAUUUACCAUGUGCUUUAGAGUGAAAUUCUACCCACAUGAACCCCUGAAGAUUAAAGAAGAGCUCACCAGGUACCUCUUAUACCUACAAAUAAAAAGGGAUAUUUUCCAUGGCCGUUUGCUGUGUUCUUUUUCUGAUGCUGCCUACCUGGGUGCCUGUAUUGUCCAAGCUGAGCUUGGUGAUUAUGAUCCUGAGGAACACCCAGAGAAUUACAUCAGCGAUUUCAAGAUUUUUCCCAAGCAGUCACAAAAACUUGAGAAGAAAAUAGCUGAAAUGCAUAAAAAUGAAUUCAGAGGUCAGAGCCCAGCUGUUGCUGAAUUAAAUUUGCUCCUGAAAGCAUAUUCUUUGGAAACUUACGGUGUUGAUCCUCAUCCUUGCAAGGACUCAAUGGGGAUGACUACAUUUUUAGGAUUCACAGCUGCAGGAUUUGUAGUUUUCCAGGGGAAUAAAAGAAUUCAUUUGUUAAAAUGGUGCGAUGUCUAUAAACUGAAAUUUGAAGGGAAGACUUUUUAUGUAUUUGGAGCUCAGAAAGAGAAAAAGACUGUGCUGUCAUUCCAUACCUCUACACCAGCAGCCUGCAAGCAUCUUUGGAAAUGUGGGGUGGAGAACCAGGCUUUUUACAAGUAUGUAAACCUGAAGUAAUUCCCUAUAAUGAAAGUAAAAAAAAUGUGCAUGUGAGUAGAAG